UGAAUUUCAAAAACAGCUCCUUAGCCCUCCACUCUCCAAUAUAUACCCGCGCCCUUCUUCAUUUUUUCACUUCUCCCUCUCUUGAAAAACCCUUAAAUCUCAGCAUUUUCUCUUCACUAGACUGAAUUCUUUGUUCUGUUGUUAGCAGAUUGAAGCUUAGGGCAGUGGAUGCAGGUGCAUUUGCUGUGUUCAUUGGAGAAAGCCUCAAACUCGACUGAAUUCUUCGUUGAAAAUGGACUCUUUGCCUGAUGCCAUUGUCCCGUGCAUCCUAGCCCAUGUAACCAAUGCAAAAGAUGUGGCUUCUGCUACUUGUGUAUCAAAGAGAUGGAAGGAGUCAAUUCCUUAUCACAACAAGCUUGUCUUCACUCGUACCGUUUUUGACAAGCUUAAGAAUUGCUCUACUGAUGAAAUUGUUGGGCACAUGGUUUCAUCAAUUAAUCGACUCGAAGAACUCGUUAUAUACUGCCCUUUUACUGGUUCUGGCCUAGCGUCAUGGCUUUCAUCGGCAGGACAUUCUCUGCAGAAGCUUGAGCUAAAGUUGGAUGACAACCUCGUUGAUCUGAACUCUUGCUCUAGGAAGUUGGACUAUAUUGGAGCAGCAGCAUUGAAUUUGGAAUCUUUGAAACUUUGGGGUGUGAAUUUGACUCAACGCCCAAAAUGGCACACUUUCCAUAAGCUUAGAAAUCUCGAAAUAGUUGGUACAGUAAUGGAUGACUCUAGCCUCCAUGCUGCAUUAAUAGCUUGCCCCAAUUUGAGUAACCUGUUGCUCCUUGGUUGUGACGGACUACACAAUGUCUUUCUUGAGCUUCCACAGCUGGAGACAUGCAACCUUGAUUUCAAUGGCUUAGGUGACUGCUCCCUUACUAUCAAUUCUCUGAAACUUCAACAUCUGGAGGUGCAAGGCUGCAGUUGGAUUAGAGUCCUUGAGACUCAAUUACUCAGAAACCUUACCAUUUCUAACAUUUCAGGACGCGUUACUGGUAUAGAUUUUGGAAAGCUUGUGGCACUUGAGUCAUUGGAGAUGAGGGGAGUUCAAUGGUGUUGGAGUGCCAUAAGCAAAAUGCUUCAAAUGGCUAGUGAAGUCAAGCAUCUCUUCAUGAAGGUGGAAUUCACCGGGGAUUCUGAUGUUCUUCAGCCAUUUCCUGAGAUUGACAUUGCUGAUUUCUUUAACAGUCACCCCAAGCUAAUAAAGUUUGACAUCCAUGGUGCCAUGUUUGCUGCUCUUUGCCAGCGAAACAGUUUGAAAAAUGUGGACUCCAGAUUUACUAUCCCUUGCCUUGAGGAGGUUGUUGUCACCGUGAGGUCGCCACUGAAUGCUGAACAAAAGAUGAAUACUUUAGAGUCUUUGAUCAACUAUGGAAAGAAGCUGAGGAAGAUGAGAAUAAAGAUUCUUCAAAUGAAGAGCAGUCAUACCAGCGCAGAUGAUUUUUUUGAGGAGAUUUGCAGAUUCAGAGGGAUGAAUUGCAGGAUCGUCUCAAUCGAAUAAUGAUUGGAUUUUUUUUCCUUAUUCCCCUUGCAUGGGAGGAGGGGGAUCCUUAUUCCCUAAUAGGAACAUUCUUGGGUGAGGGGGAUCUUAGUAGCUAGAUGAGGGUUCGAUUCCUCACCAUUUCCCUUUCCCCUAUCCCCAUGUUUUAAACAACCCCAAAAGAAACAAAAUCUUGGACCAUUUCCUUUAAAGUUGCUAGACAUUUGUACUUUGAUUUUUGUACCUUUUAGUAUUGUAAUAAGACUUUGAAACUCAGAUCUCUUGCACUUUAAGCCA